UUUUUCUCCUGUCCGACCGGACAUGGAACCAGUGUUGAGCGUGAAACUGUUUCGGACCAAUAUUUCCUUUUUAAACAUAAUGAAAACAUGUUUGCCGCGUACUAGAAUGGAAACCCUUAUUUUUAAAUAUCUGCAAAUAUUAGUUUAUAAGUGUAAAUUUAACCAAGCGAAGGUGCCGCGGAAGUUGGUGAGUCUUCUUGGAUUAAAUUGUCUUCAGGUGUCCAUCAGGUGGAGUACCUCAGGGUGUGCUGUUGGUAGAAACAUGGAGAAGCCAAUGUCCUCAGACAGAGCAGAACUGGAGGAGACCACAGGCCUGGUGGAGGAAGGUGAAUUGCCUCAAGGUGCUGAAGGUGGAGAGGUGGAUCCUCGGACUAUGAGGAAGAGAAGCUCGUCCCGUAAGAGUUUCCGUCUGGACUACAGACUGGAGGAGGAGGUGACAAAAUCCUACCAGGACAAAUCUGGGCGCUGGACUAACCCCUGGCCAACAUGGCGCUUUCCAUCCUACUCCAUGCUGUUUAGGUUUCUGGUGCUGGAUAAAAAUCACAGCAAUGUGCCAACAAGCAAAGAGGUUCUGGACAGUGAACUCCCGGUAAUGGAGCCAUACUUUGUCCAAAAUCCAGAAGUGUCAGACUUUCAUGCUGGUAUGAGGGUAACCUGGCUGGGCCACGCUACGGUUCUGGUCGAAAUGGAGGGGGUUAAUAUUCUGACUGACCCGAUUUUCAGCCAGAGAGCAUCACCGUUUCAGUUCAUGGGGCCCAAAAGAUACAGAGGACCCCCCUGCACAGUGGAACAGCUGCCGAGGAUAGACGCAGUCCUCAUUAGCCACUCUCAUUAUGAUCACCUGGAUGCUGGAUCUGUUGCAAGCCUUAAUGCACGUUUUGGAGGGGAGCUACGAUGGUUCGUGCCCCUGGGUUUGAUGGACUGGGUGGCCAAGAUGGGCUGUGAGAACGUGAUGGAGCUGGACUGGUGGGAGGAAAACUGUGUCCCGGGUUAUGACAACAUCACGUUUGUCUGCACACCUUCUCAGCAUUGGAGCAAACGGACAGCGUGGGACGAUAACAGGUCUUUAUGGAGCAGCUGGUCUGUUCUGGGUCCGAACCAUCGAUUCUUCUUCGCCGGCGACACAGGCUACUGUUCGUGUUUCCAGGAGAUCGGACGCCGCUUCGGGCCGUUCGACCUCGCAGCAAUCCCGAUUGGAGCGUACCAACCCAGGGAUAUGAUGCAGGGACAGCAUGUGGAUCCAGAGGAGGCUGUUCAGAUUCAUCAGGACCUUCAGGCCAAACAGUCUGUAGCCAUACACUGGGGGACCUUCGCCCUCGCCUAUGAGUACUACCUGGAGCCACCAGUCCGUCUCAGAGAGGCCCUGGAACUGAAGGGACUGAAACCAGAAUCCUUUUUCACUUUGCAUCACGGGGAGUCUCGACUUAUAGCUGCACAGGACAGAGACGUCUUUGAAUGAUGUCUCUUCAGCGCUCUGUAGACUGAAUCUGUAAAAACAAACAGUGCUCAAGACUCAUGACUUCAUGUGAAGACUGAUAAUUACAUAAAAAUGAAUGUUUUAAGGUGCAUACAUCAACUGUUUGUACAAGGACACUUUGAUCUAACCAAAAAGUCAUAGGAUAAAAUACUAUACCAUUCAUUAAAUAAAAAGAAACCACACAUGGUGGGAAGAAACAACUUACAUGUUGAAUCUUAGUAGGGUUGGGGUUUUGGGGGGUCUGCACACUGCCUCAGAAACCCUUUAACCCUGAGGAGGAAGAGGUAAAGAGCAAUCAGAGCAAGUUUCACAGAUCAGGAUUUAAAGUUUAAACUCAGUAAAGAGAAACCAGAAACCUCCAGCCUUGCUUGGCAUCUUUAGCCUCACACACAAAGAUUACUAUUGUUUUUUUUACAUGGGUGCUGCCAUGCAAGAGGAUUUUUCUGAAUGUGCCACAGUCAAUCCAGAACUAUAGUUACCUGUUUACUCUCAACAUUCUGAAAAACAUACUGAAGUUGAGCUGGGCUUAACUUCUAAGUGCUUUAGUUGGAGCUUCAGCUGUUUUGGGUUUUUAGGGUGCAGUGAAAACAACAAAUCUUUGAUCAUCACUUUGGUCUUUUACAGGGCAAAAGUAGAAAGGUUUUGGCAUUGCUGUGACAGGGAUUUUCCUCUUUGUCUCAUCCUGAAUGUACAACAGUAACAGCACAACUGAAACAAUGUACUGCAGUAACCUGUGAGGCUCAGCCAGUUGUGCUUUACACUUUAUCACUUUCUGUAAAUGUCACAUUAAAUAUACCAUCCAAGUCAAA